CCCUUCCCAACUGGCGUGCAACACAAACAGCCACAAAGUCUAUUGACACCACAAAGUCUGUUGACAUUGUUCCUUAGGACUAUUUGAGCCCUUGGGAUCUCCCUCACUUACCCUUUCCGCUUUGUCUCCAUCAAUCUUGCUGCUUCCGCCAUCCAAUCCGUGUAUUGGUUGUGCGCAGGAGCGGCUUCAGCGCUCGUCCCUUACCCUUACUUUACAUGCCGACCACACAACGACGACAUGGCUAGUCGCCCUAAAGUCCCUACUAUCUUGACAAACACCUCCAGGGACAGCGAUGCCAACGGCGGCUGUAUGCAAACAGAUAGGUCAGGACCGUGCAACAACGACAUUACCACCCAACACCCAAGCUCUAUGUAAUACAUCUACUAACGUAUCACAUAGUCCGCAUGCUCGAACACCGAUCAUGUAUUCGCUUGCGCUCAACGACCCAGUGGGCUCGCGCAUCGGCAAAAGGCCCUUAGAUUCUCAGUCUCACGGCGAGAGUCCUCCAGAUAAAAGGAGUCGCCCGCCCGAUCCGCGGUCGGCGUUGCAAGACAGGUACGCCAAAUCUACAAGCUCCAAAAUACCGAGCCCUCCACCAUCAAGGAAAAGCUCUUAUGCUGGACUUGCAAAUGUACCUACCGGUCCGAGGCUAGCUUCUGACCAGUAUAGGCCAGAAGGUCCUCAAUAUCAAAGGCGUCAGAGUACUCGGGUUCAGUCUACAAGCAGCAUAGGGAGCGGCGCAUCGACACCUACUCAUCAUGCCCCUCCUGCUCCUUCUAUGCUACCAGCAACAGACUUGAGCACUCUGCGACGACCUGCAGAGGUAAAAAGUCUUGUUACGGAUAACACUCCAAUCACCAUGCAGUCCUUACGAAAUCUGAAAGAGAGGAGAAGAGCGAUUGCACAUCAAAUAACCGCCGGCGUCAGCAAGACUCUCGAGGCUAAGCUCGCCACCCAAGCAAUGGAUAUUGCGUACCUUAAGAAGGAACGUGACCAAAUCAUCAGUGACCGUGAGAAGGAGUUCAACGAACUCAAGAAGCAGAUAGAGGAGAAGCAUGAUCAGACGAAACGCAGACUGGACGAUGUAGAGGCCGUGUCUGCUCGCGUUCCUAGCCUAAUGGACAGGACAGAGACUCUCAAGCUUGUAAAUGCAGCUGCCAAGCCUUUAACAGAACGCUUGGAAGUACUAGAAAAGUCAGAUACCGGGCUCCCUGAUCUGAGAAAGGGACUGCAAGACCUUGCAGCUGUGCCAGAAACAUUAGCUACACUGGAGUCGCGACAAGCUGCAAAGCCUGAACCGGACCAAUUUAAUGUAUUUGUCAAAUCAGAGCUUAUAUCUAUAAGAGACAGGCUUGACAGCACACUCGCAAAGAUUCACAGGUUGGAGAACGACAUCACCACGUUGAAGACUGCGAAGGAACUACAGGGGAUCGAUAUCGGCGCACUGAAGACAUGGAAGGACGCGCAACCUAAGGCGGUAUCUGAGGUGACAACUAAUAACCUCAUCGCAGCCCAAGUCAAAGAGAAAGCUUCCGUCGUCUUGAAAACCUUAAGCGAAAAAACAGACGAGGCCAAUCACAAGCUUGCUGAGCGUUUCAAUGACAACAAGGCCGAGAUUCGCAGUCACCAGCUUGAAUUGCAAGAGUUCAAGAGCUUCAAGGAGAAUUAUAAGCAAGAACUUGCUAACCAGCUUUCGGUAUUGUACGAGAGAGUUAAGACCGUCGAGGGGAAUAAUGCAAAGACAUACGCCAAAGCCGAUAAGCUACAGAACAAAUUGCAGAAAUUGGAAAAUGACUUGCAUAAAGUAGAAGAUGACGUGGAUGACCUUUCUCCAAGUGGCAUGGACAAUAUACACGACAAGCUGGAGGAAAUGCGACGCACAGACGACAAACUACUUGACAAGGUGCAGGAAAUUCGCGAAGAGAUGAAGAGCAUGAACAAAGACCUUUUAUCGUUCGAGAAGGACUUUUCUGAUUACCAAGACGACAUCGUCAAGUACAUUGGGCGAAUCAAAAGCGACUACAAGGAUACCGGAAAAUCCUUAUCAGAAAGGGUUGCCGCCCUGCGAACAACGCUAACCGAAGCUGAUUUGUCCAGACUCCCUGUUCGCCUUAGUGAGCUGGAGAAGUCUGCACGUAAUGUAGACAGGCUGGCUGUCCGUGUCGAUGAGCUGGACAAGCUGCCUCCUCGUGUUGAUGAGCUGGAGAGGGCUCCUAAGGGUCCAAACUUUAAGAGAGUCGGGACGCCUGUUUUCCCUUCGUCUACUGUUGCAAAAGCCCCAGAGACGGGUGACUUAGACUCGAAAGUCGACUCGCUGGACAAGUCGUUGCAACGACUCCGCAAAACCGUGGAAGGCAAGAAUAGCCUAACUUCCCGGAUGGAUCGCCAAGAGGAGCGGAUUGAUAGCAUAGAGGCAUCUUCUGCUAGUGCUAGGCCGCUCGAGACGGUGGAACAGACGGUUGAGACUGAAGACAGGGCUUUAGACAAGACUGUGGAGAAGGCGGUGGAGAAGGCGGUGGAAAAGAGAGUUAAGACGCUAGUAACUGAGCAAAAGGCUGCAAAGAAUCUGGAGGAGCUCAAAACCCGCCUCAUAGAAGAGAUCCGAGCAUCGCGCAACAAGGGGCACGAACAGUCAGCGCAGUUCGAUAUGAAUGCUCUCAGCGUUACCCAGCAAGGCCUUGAGACACUCCAGGAGAAAUUCGAAGAUCACGAUGCUAUCAUCUCAAGUAUACAAGAGAUGGUCCCUAAUCUCUUCCGCGAACACUUCGCACCACUUAAGGCAAGUGUUGAACAACAAGCGCAAAUUAUUAGCAAUACGUUAGACCAGCACAGCCACGACAUCUUCAAUCUGAAUCGGCAAGUUGCGAACUUGCCGACACAACAAAAUAUUUUGGGACAGCAGCAACAACAAGCUCAGCUUGAAGGGAUGGUAGCGGAAGCAGUUUCGCUUAGGACAGCUUUCGCAGCUCUGCAAACAUCGUUGUCAAGAAAGGUCGAUGCUGAAAGAAUGCAUCAACAACUACAGGGAAUGAAUCAACAACUACAAGGAAUCACUUUCGCGCUGAACAACUUACAAAGCCGAUACGAGAACAUAAAUACCGACGACAUGUACAAGCGCAUGGUCGAGUGGUUCACAAGGCAGUAUCCGAGUGUGACACAAAUCCAGAACGAAAUCAAAGAACUCAGGGCGGCUAAAAUGCUAGCGGACCCUCACGGAAGCUUUAUCGCGUUGAGUCGUGACGCAGAAAGCUUGCACGGUCUUCUACGUAUUGCUCCGCAAUUGCGAGGACUUGUGGACACCAAGCAGGCGGCUACCUCUGAAGGGCAGAUUGUUAACGUCAGUACUGCAGAGAUCCAGCGCCGACUUAUAGAAGACGCUAAUACGCUUGAAAAUCUACAAAAUCGACUGGAAGAAGACAAGAUUGAACGUGUGACAGAGUUGGAACACUUGCGCUUUCGCGUGAGCGACGAGCGACGGGCGCGCGCAGAUGCGGAGGCUGAGAUAAAGAAGACCAUCAGCAAUCUCUUCGCUAUUGUGUCCAACAACGCGUCAACUAUCAAAAAAGAGACCAAGGAAUGUUCCGACCAGCUAAGACAGAUCAAGAGCGAUUAUGAAGCGGCUGUGCCUGAGAUACGGGACCAACUCAGUAACGUCCAGAAGGCGGGUGCUGAACUGCGAAAAGAGUUCGAUGCUACAGUCAAAGCAUACAUUGAGCCGAACCGCGACUUGUUCGGCAUAAUGGACAAUGUGAUUACGGUCGUUGCGCAAGUUCAACAAAUCCUCGAAAGCGUAAACCAGAACCUUCCGAAAGGGCCGUUGAAGCUAGAGUGGGUCUGCUACCUUCCAAAGCACGGUCAGCUUGAAAACAACGGCGAGCUUGAAAACAACAGCGAGCUUGAAUACAACAGCGAGCUUCAAAACAACGGCGAGCCCAGCAAUUCGAAAGGCAAGGGCAAGAGCAAGCAGUAAGCAUCCGCUUCGCUCGAUCACAGCCACGGAGCUCGACAUUCUUUUCUCUUGACUUUACUCUUAUACCCUACCUGUAUCGUGUUCUUAUACACGUCAGAAAGGUCACUUCACUGGCGUUCCUGGCGGAUAGCAAGUCUUUUGCAGCAGCAUAUGAUACCCCCCAGCCUCAUACGGCUUUCUCUUUGCGUCUUGCGAUUAUGGAUUUUGGAUGUCAGCUCCGCUUUCGAGCUACGAGUUCUCUUCUCAUUAUCCUAUUGUGUUCAGUCCCAUUCAAUUGGGCAUUUUUCGUGUACAAGUCCCAUAAACUUGGGCAAUUAUCGUGUAAAAGUCCCGUUAUCGGGCAUACCCUUAUGGGUACUGGGUGUAACAGUCAAGUUUUGGCCCUCAUCUGGCAGCUGCCAAGUGUGAAUUUAGUGGAAGCGGCAGAGGCGAGGAGUGGGCAUGUACAGUAGUAGACACACUCGGUUGCAACCCUCUUGUAUUUGCGUCCCAGUGCGAGA